AUGCUCAAAGUGGAGGUGGGCCGCAAGAUUUCUGCAGACACGGACCGCUUGUCCCGCACGCAGGACAUGGCUGAGCUCCGGCAGCACCUCGGCGGAACGGGGGUCAUCAAGAAGAUUUUGGGGAGCCUUGACAUUUCCAAAAGCAAGACUGUGGUGGUCGACUUGUUUGCGCACGAUGGAUGGAUUCCACUUGCUUGUUUGCAGCUGCACAUAGAAAACCAUUCUAUUGCAUGCGGCUCCGUUGCGCACACCGAAAUCGAGUACAAGUUCACCAAGGUGCUCCUGCAUGACUUCUUCGGCCGGGCCAAGUCGAAGCAGCUCAACAUUGCAGGCUUCCCCGAUUUCACCGCGGCCUUGACCGACUUGAGCAAAGUGCACACGGAGAGCUCCCGGCCGGACUACGAGUACCUCGUGACCAUGCCUGUGGGUGCUGACCUCAUCGUGCUUGAGGCUUUGAUGGCCAAGUUCGAGAACUCGGCCUUUGCAGGUGAGUUUUCUGCGAUCUUGAAAAAGCACGACGAGGAGUUCAACAAGCAGCACAAGAAGGCCACCCUAGCAGAUGCCCGCACUGAACUGGAGAACCUUCGAAGGAAGCGCGAGGCCAACACGCCCAGGAAGCUCGAAAAGGCUUACGAGGACAUGACCGCUUUCCGUGCGGAGCACAAGCAGCUCCUCGAGACCACAUGUGGUGACGUCGCCCUGUACUACGACUCGGAUGACAACACAUUGUGGGUGGGGUCGGACCGAAUCUGUGCCAUCCCUCCAAAGACGGAGUGGUUCGGUUUCGGCUCAGGCAAUUUCGUGGAUGGGCCUACGGCAAAGGACGUCCUUUCGGAUGCCAACGGCCGUUGGUAUCGCUACUCCUUGGCUGGAGCCUUGUCUGAUGUGACUGUGAUCUUUGAAUGCGACAGAAAGCUUCCAGAGGAACUCAAGUCGCUCCCCAUGUGGAACCAGGCCGUGACCUUGAAGGAGUUCCUAGUGGCCAUGGAGGACAAAGGCGAGAUCAUUUCGUUUAUGGGGCACACGAAGGACAACGAUCAGCUGAAGGUCGAUGAGAACAUCGUUUUCAUCAUGGAUGAUGCGAAAUCCAGCCCGGCCAAGAAAAGGCCUCUGGUUUUCGGUGCACACAUGGAUGCUGUGAAGCUUCGCUCUGUUCGCAGCCCUUUCAAGCUGACCUGGCGUGUGAGGCCUGCCAGUGAGACCUUCAACUUUCUGAGCCCUUGA